AUGGCGUGGAAUCGCAAGCAGACGGACGUGCUGGCGGUCGGCUACGGCGUGCGGCGGGUGAUUCUGCGAAAGCAGGAUAACGACGAGCCCCCGAGCAGCGAGAAGGAGGAGCGCUGGAAGAGCUCCGUCAUUGUGAAGAGCGGCGGCGGGGAUCUCCGGAAAAAUGGCGGGCUGGUGUGUUUCUGGUCGCUCAAGAACCCUCUCGCGCCGGAGUUGGUGCUGGAGCUUGCGAACGACGUGGAGAUCACGUCGUUGGCGUUUUCGUACCACCACCCGAGCCUGCUCGCGGUGGGGGAUAGCUCCGGCGGGAUUGUCGUCUAUGAUAUCCUCAAGGACACCGUCUCCCCGUCCAUCGUCCCGGCGGUUUCAACCGGGCUUCACACGGGCGCGGUGUGGGAGCUGAAGUGGGUCCUGGGCGGGAAGGAGCAUGGGGAAUUCCUCAUGUCAACCUCCGCCGACGGACGUGUGAUGCAGUGGGUGGUCAGCAAGGCCGUCGAACGGGUCGCGCCGGAUUUGAUGCACCUCAAACGAAGACCGGGCGCGCAGGCGGAGUCGAUUUUCGUCGAGGACGUGGAUGCCGCCGACAACGCGUCUGGCUAUCGUCGGCGUCGGAAGGCCGCCGAGGACGCGGUUCUCUCGCAUCAAGCGGGGGGCAUGUGCUUUGACGUGUGCCCCACCGAUCACAGCGUUUACAUCGUCGGGACCGAGGACGGGUCGAUUUUUCAGUGUAAGAAAAGCCAAACCGAGGUCCACGACCUGGAUUACGCCCCUCACUCGGAGUUGGUCUAUCGUAUUGCGUGGUCUCCUUUUAACAGCAAUUAUUUUUUGACCUGCUCCGCGGACUGGACGACGCGGCUUUAUGAGGUUGGGCACAUUACCCAACGCCUAACCUUUGACAGCGCGAACCAAGACGCGGUGCAGAACGUGGCGUGGUCGUACUGCAAUGCGUUGAUGUUCGCAACGGUGUCGGGGCAUGGGAAUCUAGAGGUGUGGUCGAUCUUGGAUAAUAUUUACCCGCGCGCCACCGUGCAAUUUGAGGAUCGCCGUCGCCUAAAGACCGUGCUUUUCGCCGAGCAGGAAACCUCGGUCAUUUUAGUCGGCGAUGACACCGGCGACGUCACCGUAUUCCUACUCAAGAACACGGCGUGCGGUCGACAGGACCUCACUGAUGAUGAACAAGAAAACUGGUUAGAUGAAGUUGUUAAAAAGCAAAUCGCAUAG